AUGGUGAUAUUCAGUGAAGUAAAUCCCUUUAAGAGAUUAAAAAUUGAAAAUAUCGUUUCGUUAAUGAAACCAUGCUACAUUUUAUCCCGCAUUCAUGGCAUACAUCCUUACUCUUACAGCAAUGUGUCAAUUUCUUUAUCUAAAUCUUGGUAUUUUGCUUCUUUGAUAAUAAUGGCUGUUUACUUAGGUAGUGGAGUUUUUAUUCUGUAUCAAAUAGACGUAUCAGGUACUUUAAGGUAUGAGUAUAUACCAGGUCUCCUUCAGGGGAAUUCCUACGUAAUAAUUAGUGCUGUUUUGGGAUUUUGGAAUCUACUUUAUACCGUUCCUCGACUCUCCUUUCUUCAAAGCUUGUUAAAAAUUUCAUCGAAUAUACCCAAGGAAGCUUUUCAAAAAAUUGGACUAUUUAUUUACAUAAAGGAUAUUUUUGGUUUUAUCUUCUUAGUCGGACAAAUCCCCAAUAUUUAUGAUAAAAACAUUUAUGUCGCAGGAAGCAAAGCUCAUUCACUAUUUGCGACAUUGUUGGUAUUUUUGACAGACGGACUUUAUAUGAACAUUGUGUCAGUCUUGUUAAUUUGCUUUAAGAAUAUUAAUAACAAUCUUAUUAAACUAAAGAAUAAUAUUAUAGCGAAGGAAAAUCAAUUAUUAGUGUCAUUUUUUCAUGAACGUAAUAAUUCUCUUUCGGCUUUGAAAUUGCAUUCCAUUAAAGAAAUGCAUUUUGCUAUUAGUGAAGUUGUCGAGAAACUUAAUUCGACAUUUAGUUUUCCGAUUGUUGCCUCACUUAUUUUGACUUUUGCGGAAGUUACAUUCAGUUUGUAUUUCUAUUUAUUACACACGCGCAGUGAUAAAAAGAUUAAUCUCGAAAAGCAAAUUUGGUAUUCAUAUUUUAUAACGUCCGUCUCUUACUACUCUGUUAAGUUGACUGCUUUAAUUUGGGUGUGUCAAUUAAACAAAAACGAAGUAUUAACAACGGGCUCUUUGGUCCAUGAAAUUCUGCUAAAUACUGAUGAACCUCAAUUCAAAGAUGAACUUCAACUAUUUUCAUUGCAAAUACUUCAGCGAGAUAAUUCACUGAAAGCAAGAGGAAUAUCUUUAGAUGCCAGUUUGCUAACAAAGGUAUUGAAUAAUUUUCAAAUAAAAUAA